UAUAUUUUAAGAAUUUUAUUGAUAAGGAAAAGCGUAUUAUUGUACAACAUUAUAGCAGAAGCUUGAGCAUCAAUUGUUUUGCAUUUCCAUUGCAAUUGUCAAUUCAUUAUUAUCUGAAAGUAUCUGCAAAAGAAGAAACAGGUGAUGUAUUAUUUAUAAGGCAUAUGCAUUUAAUCGCUAGUUCACUGGGAAUCAAACACACUUUCUCAACACUUAAAUAGUUUCCCAUGUAAGUAAAAGUAAGCUCUUCUAUAAAAUAAUGUACUUCUUUCAAAUUUGAAAGAAGCACAUAAGGUAAUAUGACUUCUGUGGUUAAUAAUUAUUUUUUUAGUAUGCGCAUACUAAGUACGUUAUGUCAGUAUGUAAAAAGAACAGUGAUGACUCAACUCUAAAGUCUUUUUUCGUGAGAUAUGUCUGUACAUAUGGACGUAAACGCAGUUCGUCAGAGUCAGAUGCUUGCGUUCAGAAUGUAUAUGAUAGUGAUCAUCAUUCUUCCGAAGAGCAUACAAUUUCUAACUCGCCAACACAAACUAGACAAAGGAGACGACAUUGGUCAUCUAAGUAUACCUUAAUUCAAAUGGAUUUAUCCUUCAGGUCAAAAUAUUGCCAUUGUGAAUCUGGAUUUUGGGUCCGUGCAGUAAAAGGUGAGCUAAAAGUCACCUCUAUUAAGACCGUGCACAACUAUCCUUGCACAGAAGGAUAUAUUUCUGUCGAUCCAUCGAGAAGAUAGCUGACGUCAAGUGAACGCUUAUAUUUAAGAACGUUUCUAUUGAGUAAUACGCCAACUCGUAGCUUACGGCAUCUGGCUUCUUGGAGGUUCCAUAAACAGCUUACCAAGGACGAUAUCGUCAAAACGCGCUCACAGUUGUACCCAGGUUGCUGAACUCACAUUGUAAUUAAUUGAGUUUAGACACUAAAAAUACCAAUGACAUCUUACAGCGUGUUCAAGCAAACACUGAAGUUAAAGUAUUCAAUGAACAUGGGAACAUAUCUAUGAUUUGCUUCAGUUGCAGGGAGUAAAUGGCUGUUUACCACGCGUUUCCAGAGGUAAUAUGUAUUGAUUCUACUUAUCAGACCAACAAAGUUGAGUAAGUAACGAAUAGUAAUAAAUUUAUUUUAAAGUUUUCCACUGUUCCAGCUAGUAGUGACUGAUAGUCUUGGGCAAGGGCAUACUGUUAUGUAUGCUCCUCGCAGUCAAGAACGACGCGAUGUC